CACACUGUGGUCUUCUCUUUACAGCGAGCUCAUCACCGUUUUUUCUGAUUUUGGUUCUAGGGUUUUGCUCUGUUCGCACUUUCUCUCUCUAUAUAACACCCAUAUAUAUGUGUACACGUAUCUAUGUGAUUGUUUGUGGUGACGAGGUAUAAUCGCUCUGAAUCUCAGGUUGAAGCUGGUAAUGGACGGCGAGGAGUUGACAGAGCAGGAAACUGCAUUGUAUGAUCGCCAGAUUAGGGUUUGGGGCGCUGAUGCUCAACGAAGGCUUAGCAAGGCUCAUAUAUUGGUCAGUGGACUCAAAGGAACUGUUGUCGAGUUUUGCAAGAAUAUUGUCUUAGCAGGCGUAGGUAGUUUGACAUUAAUUGAUGAUCGCCCGGUGACUAAAGAAGCACUUUCGGCAAAUUUCUUAAUUGAUCCCGAUGACAAUGAAUUUACUGGGAAAUCUCUUGCCGAGCUCUGUUGUGAUUCUUUGAAAGAUUUCAAUCCUAUGGUUCGAGUUUCUGUUGAAAAUGGAGAUUUGUCUAGCUUUGGCGUAGAUUUUUAUGACAAGUUUGAUGUCGUGGUUGUCAGUUGUUGCUCCAUUACUGCAAAAAGAUUGAUUAAUGAGAAAUGCCGCAAGUUGCCAAAGCGUGUUGCAUUUUAUACAGUAGACUGCAGAGACUCCUGCGGUGAAAUUUUUGUUGAUUUGCAGAACUAUACCUAUUCAAAGAAAAAGCUUGACGAAACUAUUGAAUGCCAACUUCAGUAUCCCAGUUUUGAGGAUGCAAUUGCAGUACCUUGGAAAUCCCUUCCAAGGAGAAUGUCAAAGCUAUACUUUGCUAUGCGAGUAAUAGAACAGUUUGAAGAGGCUGAGGGUCGUGAUCCUGGACAAACUUCAAAGGACGACCUUCCUAAGGUUUUGAAGUUGAGGAAGGAACUCUUCGAGGCACAAUCACUAAAUGAGUCUCUCAUUCCUGAUUCUCUCCUUGAGAGAUUGGUGUCGUGUACAACAGAAUUCCCUCCAGUUUGUGCUGUCAUUGGGGGAAUUCUUGGUCAGGAAGUUAUUAAAGCAAUAUCAGGCAAAGGCGAUCCCCUAAAGAAUUUCUUCUUUUUCGAUGCUAUGGACGGGAAAGGCAUCAUAGAGGACAUAUCAAAACCUGACAGUGGCAGCUAAGUUGUUUUGUUGAGGUUGUUUCAGUAUCUUUCCAAGUGGAAUUUAGCUACUAUGUGUAAUUUGAUGGGUUCUCGCGUUGACUCGCUCUGUUAUGGAUAUUGCUCACUGUUGGUUAGUAUUAUUGUAUCUAUAGCGAAUAUUUAUGCUACAACACUUAACCAUGUUUUAGGAAGUCGACGCUUAUUUAUCAUUUUGUAAACUAACUUGCAUUAUAUGGAGCAAUGUUCAUUGAUGCUCUGACUAUUGUCUAUUUACCUGUAUUAUGUGCAGUGGUAUAAUUGCCCCCUUUUA